CGGUGCGACGCGUGUCCUUGGGCUGGGUGCCAUGGACGCCUUCAUCCGCUUCACUAACCAGACCCAGGGCCAGGACCGACUCUUCAGAUGGGAGGUGUUAAUAGCUUUGCUCAAGAGCAAUUGGAUUUGUUUCCUCUGGACGAGACGCUCACUCAGCAGCCUGGGCUCUGUGGCACCGAGACAGCAUCAGCUGGAGUGAGUGUGGGGGUCCCGAGACAACCUUACCUGGUUGGUUUCUGAGAAGUAAAGAAGUCGAGGCUUGAAGAGCUCCAAUGGCAGUCAACAAGGGCCCCACCUUGCUGGAUGGAGACCUCCCUGAGCAGGAGAAUGUGCUGCAGCGGGUCCUGCAGCUGCCGGUGGUGAGCGGCACCUGUGAGUGCUUCCAGAAGACCUAUGCCAGCACCAAGGAAGCCCACCCCCUGGUGGCCUCUGUAUGCAAUGCCUACGAGAAGGGUGUGCAGGGCGCCAGCAGCCUGGCAGCCUGGAGCAUGGAGCCAGUGGUCCGCAGGCUGUCCACCCAGUUCAUAGCUGCCAACGAACUGGCCUGCCGAGGCCUGGACCACCUGGAGGAAAAGAUCCCCGCCCUCCAGUAUCCUCCUGAAAAGAUCGCCUCUGAGCUGAAGGACACCAUCUCCACCCGCCUUCGCAGCGCCAGGAACAGCAUCAGCGUGCCCAUUGCCAGCACUUCAGACAAAGUCCUAGGGGCCGCUCUGGCUGGCUGUGAGCUCGCCUGGGGGAUGGCCAGAGACACUGCCGAGUACGCCGCCAACACCCGAGCUGGCCGGCUGGCCUCUGGAGGGGCCGACUUGGCCUUAGGUGGUGUUGAGAAGAUGGUAGAGUUCCUCCUCCCUCCAGCCAAUGAAGAGUCAGCCCCUGCCCCAGGACUCCAGGAUGCCCAGAAACCUCCCAAGGCCAAGCCGAGCCUCGUGAGCAGGGUUGGAACCCUGGCCAACACUCUCUCUAGACACACCUUCCAGACCACAGCCCGGGCACUGAAACAGGGCCAGGCCCUGGCCAUGCGGAUCCCAGGUGUGGCGCCUCUGAGCAGCCUGGCCCAGUGGGGCGCGUCAGCGGCCAUGCAGGUGGUGUCGCGGCGGCGGAGCGAGGUGCGGGUGCCCUGGCUGCGCAGCCUCGCGGCCGCCCGGGAGGAAAAUCACGAGGACCACACGGACACUGAGGGGGAGGAGACCGAGGAGGAGGAGGAGGAGGCCGAGGAGAGCAAGCUCAGUGAGGGAGCAGCCCUGCCCGGCCCGCAGGGCCUCCUGGGCAGCGUGGCGCACACCCUGCAGAAGGCCCUCCAGAGCACCGUCUCAGUCGUGAUGUGGGCACCGGCGGCUGUGCUGGCCACGGCGGGGAGGAUGCUGCACCCCACGCCGGCCCAGGCCACUUCCUCAAGCAAGGGCAGGGCCAUGUCCCUGUCCGACGCCCUGAAGGGUGUUACUGACAACGUGGUGGGCACAGUGGUGCACUACGUGCCGCUCCCCAGGCUGUCGCUGAUGGAGCCCGAGAGCGAAUUCCGGGACAUCGACAACCCUCCGGCUGAGACCGAGUGCCGGGAGGCGGAGCGCAGAGGGUCCGGGGCGCCGCCCGCCUGCCCGGAGCCCGCCCCGCGCCCUGCGCCGCCUCGCGGCAGCCUGCGGAGCACUCGGGGCCCGAGCGCGGAGGAACGGGUGGACGCGGCCACCUUGCCGCGCGCCACCUUCCCGGCCAUGCCCCGCGAGAAGCCCACGCGCCGGGUUAGCGACAGCUUCUUCCGGCCCAGCGUCAUGGAGCCCAUCCUGGGCCGAGCGCAGUACAGCCAGCUGCGCAAGAAGAGCUGAGCCGCCUGCUCACCGCCCUCCUGGCCCGGCGCUCUCCCAGCCCCGGGCCAGGCCGCUGUCGCCAGCAGACAAACAGAACCUACGAAGAAGUGAGCGUUGGUUUCCUCAAAGUAGUCCCUUUGGGUCCCAAGCUUUGAUCCUAGGAUGAUGCCAAGACACAUCUUUUGAGCAUCCUUUUUGGGCUUAGCUGUCAGAGUCCAUUUUUCAGAAACAUCAGAGUAGCAGUCUGCUUUGAUUAUAGGCCUUGGUUUUUUUUUAUUUUUUUACUAAAAGAUUAAUUGCCUAACUUAUCUCUCACUUCUUUCACCAAACUUGUGGCCCACUGAUAUUUAACUGUUUCCAAUAUUUACAUCCAUCCUCUGUAGACAAAUAUUUGCUACCAGUGAGUAACGUGUCACCACGCCAAGUGUUCAAGCAGGCGAUCCUGACACAUUUUCAAGCCCCAAAUGCAGAGAGUCCUGUGAGUACACAGGCUCUCAGCUGACUCCUUUGAAGGGAACAGCUUGCGUGUGUGCUAAGUCGCUUCGGUCGUGUCCGACUCUUCACGACCCCAUAGACUGUAGCCCGCCCAGCUCCUCUGUCCAUGCGAUUCUCCAGCAAGAAUACUGGAGAGGGUUGCCAUGCCCUCCUCCAGGGGAAUCUUCUGGACCCAGGAUUGAUCCCGUGUCCCUUAUGUCUCCUGCAUUGGCAAGCGGGUUCUUUACCACUAGUGGCACCUGGGAAGCGCCUAGAUAAAUAUUAGCGUCGUUUUCUGAGUACCCUGCCCUCUUCACAGGCUGUCCUAGCCUGUGCUCUGUAGCGCCACCUUUCUGUUCCUAGCUACAUUGCCAUUUGCACCGUUAUGAUUUUACACCUAAAUGUUCACUCUUCCUUCCACGUUUUGAGUGCUGGCGCCCCCAGUCCUGGGAGACAAUACAGGUUAGUUAUAUAAACAAUAUAUAUAGAAUCUAUGGCGCGUCCCCCAGUGGCUCAGUGAGAAAGAAUCUACCUGCAGUGCAAGCGAUACAGGUUUGGUCCCUGGGUCGGGAAAUCCCCUAGAGUAGGAAAUGGCAGCCACUCCAGUAUUCUUGCCUGGAGAAUCCCAUUGACCAAGGAGCCUGGCGGGCUACAGUCCGUGGGGUCACAGUCAGACAUGACUGAGGGACUGAACAACAGAAUAGACCCUAUAGCCACAGUUCAUUCCCAAACCUAUUUUUGAAAACGUUAAUAUUUGGCACAUUUAGAAAUGCAUGCGUAUAAUUAAAAUUUAAACAUUGCAAAAGGGUGUGUGCUUUCCUCCCGGAGUCCCCUGGUUCCCCUUUCCCAGACAGUCUUGGCAGCAGUCUUGUGUGCCCUUUCCAUCACAGACUGAGGGUGCACAAGCGCACGUGUAUACCCACCCCACUCCGUUCAUACACGCUGUGGGGUGUUAUACUCACUGCUGUUUCACUCAGCAAUACAUCUUAGAAAUCUUUUUGUAAGCAGUAUUGUAAACCCUCCUUGCUCUUUUUAACAGCCACAUAGUAAGUGCUUCAUAAUAUAGACAUGCUAUAAUUGAUUAAACCAGUUCCUUAAUCA